GUUGUUUAUCAGUUUAGUGAUGGAUCUUGAUACACUUCAACUACAUUAUAUUUCAGUCUUUAUUGCUGUUAAGUGUUUCAUAUUUUAUGCAUUUAGCAAAAAAAAUUAGAUGAUAUGUUGGAAGUAAGCCAGCGUCUGUUUACGUCUGCUAUACAGUACAGUACUAUAUAUUAUGGCGAAAACACCUGCCGGUGCAUCUGCCGUCUUUAGGGCAGCGUUUAUAAUUUUAACUUUGGCACUGAUCUUUCUUAUUGUUGGAUUUGUUACCCCAAACUGGACUGAAGUCACACUCGGAGACCUUUUGAUAUCUAGGACAGGAUUAUGGAAAACUUGCAUGGAAGUUGUUGGAGCAGGAGAAAAUUGUGGAGUGAGCAUUUACGACGGAGAAGGUUGGUAUGUAGCUGUACAAACAUUUGAAGCCUUGGGUCUGGCAUGUUUUAUACUCGUUCUGAUAAUGUCUGUUGUGCUGUUGGUGGCGGUAUCUAACCAACGACUGGCUAGGGUUAAUAUCUACACUAGUGUGUUUGCAGGAAUAUUUAUAAUUGCUGGUACUGCAACGCACACUUAUAAAACUGAGUUGAAAUACAUUGGAUAUUCCUGUUGGAUGUCUUGGCUUUCCGCAGUAGCUCUAGUUGUUGCAAUCAUUCUUCUUGAGUGUGCGCGUAAAAAGUCAUACAGGAGACAGAUGUCCCUCACACAUGCGGACGUUAUUUCCGCGGAGAGUCAAGGUUACCAUAGUUUCCCGAUGCAAGAGUUGUCUCCUAAAAGUAAACGUGCGAAUCAGCCGCUAGUUGUACAUAAUUCAGACCAUCACAACCAGGCUCAUGCAGGGAGCCCAAAGUUAUCUGAAAAGUCUGCAGUUAGUUAACUUUUGAUUCAUUUUCUUUCCGUAGUCAAAGAACUACAUCUGUAUAUUGUUGUUACUGCAUUUUAACGUCAGUAGCGAGCAGGUGUGUUGACACAGAGGUUAAAGUUGUGCUUAUAAUGGUAUAUUCUUACGUGCCUUAAUACAUUACACAUUACGAAACAAAUAAUCUACUGACUUCGGUUUGUUAGUGAUUUGGUGUCACAGCGUUUCUAAUGAAGUUAGAUGAUUUGAUAUCAGAGUGUUUGGUGGAUUGGAUGCAAGCGUGUCAUGCUGUUCUUUAAACUACUUAAAGUAUAUUGAACACUGGAUAAUUUGAUUUUGUUGACAGUAAUUUCCAAUAUCAAAAUAGUGAAAAGGGUAAGGUUAGACAAGUGAAAGUGAUCUUUCUUUUAUGUAUACACAACACUUAUUGAAAACUGUAAAUUGAUUUUAUCUGAUCAUAAACGUGCAGCCACUUUUAUUGGAUUAUUACGUAAUUGGAUACAGUCAAGUCAGCGUGUUUCACCUAUUGUUGUUUUAUUCUUUUGAAAGUAUCAAAAGCUAUUAUUAGACAGGUAAACAUGACACGCACAUUAUGAAACGCACAGUCAAUGAAUGUCUACGCUUUGUUUAUUUUCUCCUGAACCGCAGCUGGUAUCUGUUUAACACAGAUGUUUAUUUCAAAGAGAGGAUAAAUCGACAACAAUAUAUAUUUCAACAGUCAUCGCAAGUAGGAAAAUAACCGGCUGUACUUGAUCACAGGAACGUUUCUCGUGUUAUUAUCAUCAUCUCAAGUAAUUGCCUCACUCUACAAGAGCAUAUGCGCAAUUUCAUUGCCGUGACACUCUGUUGUUGUUCUUGUUGUUGUUGUUGUGAGAGCGCCGAGUAAAACGUUAGUCGUUACUGCGUAACAAUAUAACGAAUUGUUUUAGAAAUUGUAUCUUUUUUUAAACAUUUGUAUUUCUACAAGAUACUAUUACAUGUACCAGCUAUUUAGAUGUAAAGUUUAAAAGUAAACAGCUUAUUAUAUAUAUAUUA